AUGUCUACUGAAAUUUUAGUUUUAAGAGGUACCUUAGAAGGUCACAACGGUUGGGUCACUUCCCUAGCCACCUCCGCUGGUCAACCAAACUUAUUGGUCUCUGCUUCCAGAGAUAAGACUUUGAUCUCCUGGAAGUUAACUGGUGAUGACCAACAAUACGGUGUCCCAGUCAGAUCUUUCAAGGGUCACAACCACAUCGUUCAAGACUGUGCUUUAACUGCUGACGGUGCUUAUGCUCUAUCUGCUUCUUGGGAUAAGACUUUAAGAUUAUGGAACGUUGCCACUGGUGAAACUUAUCAAAGAUUCACCGGUCACAAGUCCGAUGUUAUGUCUGUUGCCAUUGACAGAAAGGCUUCCAUGAUCAUUUCUGGUUCCAGAGAUAAGACAAUCAAAGUCUGGUCCAUCAAGGGUGACUGUUUAGCCACUUUAUUAGGUCACAACGACUGGGUUUCCCAAGUCAGAGUUGCUCCAAAUGAGAAGCAAGAAGAUGACAAUGUCACUUUGAUCUCUGCUGGUUCCGACAAAAUGGUUAAGGUAUGUUAA